AUGAAAGUGAGAACUCUUCGGCCCUCAACGGAUCUCCCUCCUUCGACAGCUAAAUUUACAACAGAAGAUAUGAAUGCAUUAAUGGCAACCUUCAUAUUGGCUUCCAGCGAGAAUGAAGUUAUACCAGAUAUUGAAGGUAAAAAAGCUACUUUAUUUCAACAAUCCUCUGAUACUUAUAAUUCAAAUAUUGUCUAG